ACAAUACACUUGCUUGCAGCUGAAUUUUUACGAAAAGUAAAAUCAAUAAUAAAUAAUGCGUCCGCCAUUGUACAUUCAGUAUCGUGUUUAGAUAAUUUUCUUAAACCUCACAAUAAAAUGCAACGAUAUAUGACGUACGUGCAACUCGGGAAGGUCAUACAGUAAAACAAUGGACAUCCACUGCAAAUUAUUUUUGGUGCUUCUUCUCAUAAAAUCAGUGCAUCUUUAUUGUGGUCCCUACAAUGGACAGAUUUGCAAAAGUUAUUCUACGGGCUAUGUUUGGUACAACCACACAGGAGGACUAGACAAUGAGAAGAUUACGACUGGCUUGUGGAAAGAAAUGAUAUCUACUCUCAAAGAGCCAUGUAGAAGUAGAGCUGAAAAAUUACUUUGUGCCUACGCUUUUCCCAAAUGCGUCGACAAAGACGGAGUUGGUUAUUUUGCAUUGCCACUUUGUUACGAAGACUGCAUGGCUGUUAAAAUGCAGUUUUGUUAUAAUGACUGGAUUGUUAUUGAAGAACAAAAGCGACGUGGAGUUAUAUUUGAAUCUAGAGGUCACUUCAGAUUUCCAGAAUGUGAAAAGCUACCCAAAUUUUCUGGGAAAGGCAACCAAGUAACUUGCUACAACACAGGUAUCACUGACAUGGAUUACAGCCAAGUGACUACUACAUGUGUGAGGGGUAAUGGGCAGUAUUACCAAGGCACUAUGAAUGUGACAGAGACUGGACUAGCAUGUCAAGCAUGGGAAUCACAGUCUCCACAUCAGCAUACAAGACCACCAUUAGUCUUUCCUGAAGUUCAAAACUCAACAAAUUAUUGCAGAAAUGCAGGAGGAGAGGAACGUAAACCCUGGUGCUAUACGAUGAACCCAAAUGUACGGUGGGAGCUAUGUGACAUACCAGUAUGUGCCAACUCAAGUGAUGAAUUUGACAAUAUCAGUGGACCAAAUAUAGUUAUGGAGAAUUACUUCACACCUUCAUUUGUCCUGUUGCUAUCAGUUGGUGGACUAGGUUGUAUCAUAGGAAUAGCAUCUGUUGCUUUGCUGUGUCAUUACUUCCUUAAGAACCACUACUCCAAAUGCAAUAUGUCAAGCCGCAGAAAUGUACAAAAUAUGGAUAUUGAUCUUGACAAACUUCCUAGCAAUCUGGCUUACCACACAACUGGAGCACAACUUAAUCCUAAACUAGAGAAAUUGGAAUUUCCUAGAAACAACAUUAUUUACAUUCGUGAUUUAGGACAGGGCGCAUUUGGCAGAGUGUUUCAAGCCAAAGCUCCUGGACUAGUGCCCGAAGAAGAAUUUACACUAGUCGCUGUUAAAAUGCUCAAGGAUGAAGCUUCUCACGACUUGCAGUUGGAUUUUGAAAGAGAAGCUUGUUUACUUGCAGAUUUUGAUCAUCCAAACAUUGUUAAAUUACUAGGAGUAUGUGCGAUUGGGCGACCAAUGUGCUUGUUAUUUGAGUUUAUGGGGAAAGGUGACUUGAAUGAAUACUUACGUGCUUGCAGCACAGGUACCAAUUUCUCUACAGCGAUUGAAAAUAGAGAAGAUCUAAGACUCCUAGCAGCGCCAUUAGGACAUCUAGAUCUUCUUCAUAUUGCAAGGCAGAUAGCCUCUGGAAUGGUUUAUCUAUCAGAUCGCAAGUUUGUUCACAGAGAUCUAGCUACAAGAAAUUGCCUGAUAAAUGAUGAUAUGGUAGUGAAAAUUGCAGACUUUGGUUUAUCUCAUAAAAUUUAUCUACAAGACUAUUACAAAGGAGAUGAACAUGAUGCUAUUCCAGUUCGAUGGAUGCCUUUGGAGAGUAUACUGUACAAUAAAUAUACUUUAGAAUCUGACGUAUGGGCAUACGGUGUAUGCCUGUGGGAAAUAUUUUCCUUUGCUCUACAACCUUAUUUUGGUAUGACACAUGAAGAAGUAGUAAGAUUUUUAAAAGAUGGAAAUGUUCUAGCAUGUCCUGACAAUACCCCAAGAUGUGUAUAUGAUCUUAUGAAACAAUGCUGGAAUCAUCAACCUAGUGACCGCCCCAACUUUAGGGUUAUUUAUCAAACAUUAGACAACAUACAAAUAAUUCUUGAAAGAACUCAUGAAUAAUUUGGUGUUUGUUAUAUUUAAGAUUAGAUGUUAAGAAUCCAAUUUCAGUAUAAUUUAAAAGUUGUAAAUGCAAUUUUACCUCAAUAGUAAUCAUGUUUGCAACUGAAAGUGGAACAAAAUGUAAAAUUUGUUAAUUACCGUCAUGUGUGAAUGAAUGCACAGAUGUUGAUUGACACCUUAGUCUUAACGGCAGCUAUUUAAAUGUCAACUGUGAAAGUUUCUUUGUAAAAAAUAUGAUUCCAUGGCAUGUGCAUGUGAGUGUUUUGAUUUAAAAUAUAACUAGCUACACAUGAUAAUUAUGCUAUAAACAGUACUAUGUACAGUAAUACAAUGUUUUUAUACUUGUUUUAAAUUAUCUUUGUACAAAUUGAAAGCUGAAUGCAUUUUAAUAAUUUUUUAGCAUUUUUACCAUAAUUGAAGAUAAAAAAAACGAUUAAGCUCUCAAUUAGGUUUUGUUAGUUAUUGUUCCUGUAAAAUAUAAUUUGGUGUUAUAGUUAUUUAUUUAUUACAUGCAUACUUUGUCAAUUUUUGUAAGUAGUAGUUAGAUUUUGAAAUUAAGUAUAAAUACUCUGAUUUAAUGUUUGUCUCAUAG